AUGGACAUGAAGCAAAUCUCGGAAGAUGAGUUUCCGGUCCUCACGAAGCACAAUGCCAGCUCGAAGGAGCCGAUCGGCAGCAGCGUGUUUGCAUUGUCGCCAGAAAAAGAGCAGGAGAAUGAAAUCCUUCGACAGAGAUGUGCACAGCUCCAGGGCAGCAACACCACUUCUGCUGGAAGGGUCCAAUUGGAGCCGGAGCAUUCUGUUACAUCGGAAGGCACCCCACGUACUCCAUUGCCAUUCUCGAGAGUAACUGGUAUUGGUCUCUCGUGGAAUGACUCUCCCUCCACUUCAACUAGAGAUGCAUCCCACCCAGAAGUACCGGAGAACGACCGCAGAAAUACGUCAUUGUAUCAUGGCCCAACGAGACAGCUUGAGCCACUCAAUCUUGCCGCUGGAAAGCUCGACUUUGAUGGCAUUGAUCCUGAGAUCGGCAUGCAUUUACUCUCCAUAUACUGGAGUCGUCAGCUUUACACAGCGCAGAUAAUUUAUCGGCCGGCUUUCAUGCGAGACAUGGCCUGCGAAGGACCAUACUUCUCCAAAUUACUGUUGAAUGCGAUAUUUUUCGUAGUAUCGAAACACUGCGACCGACCAGAGCUUCGUUCCGACCCAAAUGACAUUACGACUGCAGGGUGGGAGUUCCGGCGACGCUUCACACAGCUUUUGCGAGAUUCCUUCGAUAAAAGCGAAAUCACUACCCUUCAGGCAUUGUUGAUAAUGUCUAAUGCGCUUUUUUCCAGAUGUGAUGAACGGAGUCUAUCAUGGCUAUAUGCUGGAAAUGCAUUCAAUAUGUUCAUUGAUCUUGGUCUGCAUGUGCUUCCUGCUGUGGAUAGUAUCACUGCUGAGGAACUUGAAAUCCGAAAGCGAGUUCUCUGGGGAGCGUACUUAAUUGAUAAGAUCCAGUGUCUUUUCCAAGGAAGACCUCCACUUCUCAACCGUGUCAACUUGAGAGCGUCAUUAGACUUCCUGGAUGACUAUGACGAGCUUGAACCUUUUCAGGGUAUCACAUACAUGACUACAAAGCCCGGAGCAGUGAUUCCAUCACUGAACGUUUCUUUGCUCACCAAUCUAUGCGAGUUGACAACGAUCGUGGAACGAAUUCUCCGUGAGAUUUAUUCGGAAUCUCGAGAGUCAAAUCUGGUUCACAGGGCAAAUAUUUCAGAGGAAAUCAAGUCGCAGCUGAGAAACUGGCGCCAAAACUUGCCGCUUCGGCUUGAUUAUCUGUCAUUCCCAGACCAGGCGGUUUUCCUGCCUCAAUCCGCCUGUCUUUUAGCUCUAUUCAACGUCCUUAUCAUUUUGGUUCACCGUCCUCUAAUAACUGGUCAUGACGGGGUCAUCAAUUCAACAACUGCCCAUGAUGCAGUGAACGCAUGUACAGCAGCUGCGAACCAAAUUGUUCAGAUUCUCCAUGACUAUUCGCAGCACUUCUCUCUGAGCAGUGCGCCGUACAUGCUCUCUUACGCUACCUAUAUCAGUGCGACGAUCCACGCACGGAUUGUCGCACAGAAAGGGAGUAACUCAACCGUGUUCCAGUCACUAGUUCUUUGCCGAAAUAUUCUUGCUGAACACACAUGCCUCUAUUCCGCAGCAGAAAAGGCUAAGGAAAAUUUGGAUAAGUUGAUUUCUCACUUAGGGAUCAGUGAUGCAGACGAUAGUCUGCGCACUGGAAGCCCCGACAGCUCUGGGAACAACAACUUUCCGAACGAGCACAUGGUGAUGGAUGAGUCUAUUAAUGUUGCCAGAGAAUCCGGCGUUGCAGAUCGUGCACUUGAAUUUGGAUCUUCCCUGCUGAGUUUGGAAUUAUCGGAUCUAGACCUUGAGGCAAUUGCUCAAGGCUUUCAGGUUGAUGUAGAGUCGCAUUCUUUCUGGAAUUCUUUGGUAUAA